GAUGGAUCCCAAAAGCAAGUAUCGAAAGCACUACCGUGAAAUUGCGCGGACAUGGCACUUCCAGAGGAGCCGCUUCCAGAGUUUCAGGCACCAGCCCUGAAGGUCCCUUUACCCAAGUUUCCCCUGGAGAAGGAGAAGGCUUACAGCCAAGCGUGGCCAGAGCACUUGAACCGUCAGGAUCCCUUCGCCCGAUACCGGAAGGGUGCAUCACGCUACUACGCGCCCGCCAAGUUCGAUCCCUUCAAAGAGUGGCGCGAUCCUGACGAGGCCAUGGAAGGAGUCUCCACCCCAGUGCCCUUCACAGCUGCUCAGCCGCCCGAGUUCCCAGAACUCGAUGAUUCGGCGCCCUCUCGCUGCGGGCGUUGCGGGAGCACCCUGGCAGCGGAGAACAACUUCUGUGGGCGCUGUGGCUUGGCACGGAGCACCGACCGUGGCUAUCAGCACCCUGAGAAGCUGCUGCCAGGAGUGGCGCCGGACCGGGGCGCCCAUGGAGUGCGGAGACUGAUCUCGUUCGUUCCUCCAUAUGAACGUGGCCAGCCUGCUUGCAAUCCUCCACGCGGGUGGCUACGGGGCAACUUCGGCUGCAAGCCCUGAUAUCGGUGGCGGAGCGGCUAAGUUGGGAUUCGUUGAGGUGUGGGGAGGUCGGUGUACUCGCUUGGACAGGGAUGCCGAAGGCAAACCCGCUCCAGUCCUUUUAGUGGCUUCCCUCCACUAUGCUUGCUGCUCGCAGGUCGGGGGCGGGAUGCGAGCAACCUCCAGUGCCUUGCAUAAAGGGGGGGACGUUGAGGUGCACCCGUAAGGCCGGGGGCUGUACCUCUUCCUCCACUUUGUGUCACUGGAGUCAGUCGUUUCCGGCCAGAACGCCGCUGUGGUUGGAGUGUGGGACCUUCGCGUUUUGAGGGGAGUUGUGGGGUUGUGGCUGUUGAAUGCGUUUUGUGUGGCUUUGGUGCCCUCAUGUUUGUGAGGAAGCGCGCUGGGCCAGGGCGCCCAUGGCGCGGCGUCUGAGGUUAAUGUCAGUUGGUAUCGACCUUAGUUGCUGGGCUACCUUCCCCGUUAUCGUUAUUCAUUCCCCAUAUGAAGAAGAUUUCCAACUCAAAUGAGGGUGGUGGUGGUUAGUCGAGAGUCUACAUUAGUUAUGGUUGCAUGGUCCGGGUUGAAGAUCUGACUGGUCCAGCCCUAUGGCUCCUGACUCCUGAUCACCCAAUGAUAUCUGAACGCAAAGGUAAUCCAGAUCCACGUAUCAAUACCUCAACAAGUCGGUGGGUAAUAUCAUAUCUUUGACGGCCACAAGUCAGUGGGCUAUUCUGUUUAGGAUGGUCCUGAUGGGCCAACUUCUAGAGGAACUUAUGAUUUCCAGAACAACGUACAAUGUUGAAGGCACCCCAUCGGCUCCAUAUAUGGCUUUCAGGAGUGUUCAUGGCGUUCAUCCACCUUUAAGUUUGCAGGUUCCCUCCUCUUGGCUUUGUUUUCAGCAUAUGGCUUAGCACUGGACAGGAAAGACACGGUCCUGGUAGAGGGGAAAUCACAGAACUUUGGACGUAACUCUUGGCCCAAUUUCUGCCAGGCCCACCAUUGCGUCAUGAUGCAUCACAGCCGGGCCCCAUGAUCAAACCGGCGCUCGGGCCAAGCAGUGGGCGGCCCGGGCCACCCGGGUCGUUGGGGCCGCCACCCGGCACCGUGCGGCCGGGCGGCGUUUGCCCCGGCCCGGGGGGCCCGCUGCUAGGGCCACCGAAGGGGACCAUUAAGAGCAGUUGCAGGCCAAUGAACCGAAAGCAUUGCGCACCAGCAAUGGGGCCGGUCUGCGGAUGACGUGAGAGAAAACUUACAAGAGCGGUU